AUGGGCAGUGUGCACCAGGAAGCUGUCGUGAAGCCAAAAACGGCCAAGGCUAUGUACCGCCUGGUGGUACUCAGGCAACCUACUGUACGCGUUGUCCUCGUGGAAAAUUCAGCAACGGCAACGCCACGGCCUGCGAGUUUUGUGCUGAUGGUUAUGAGCCAGAUGCGACGGCAGCAAGUUGCCAAAGAUGCAGUCGAGGCGAAGUGUCCUCUCCAGGCGAGACUGGUGGCUUUUGUGUUCAAUGUUUACAGAAGCACCCAGACUGGCAGCUCGUGCACACUUUGUGGACUUGGGUACUUUUGGAACGCAACGCUCCGCAAUUGUCCGAAGCUAUGCCCCAUUGGUCAUGCGUGCCACAACAAGUCACUUGCGAACGGCGAAGCAUAUUGUGACCAGUGCAACCCCUGUGAGCCGGGUUCCUUCUCAUCUUUUAGCGGAUCAUAUUCUUGCACGCUGUGCGCCCCUGGCGCCUAUCAAAGCGAAGCGGGCCAAGAUCACUGCCAGCAGUGUGAGAGUGGAACCUAUCAAACGGAACGUGGUCAGAAAGUUUGCGACGUCUGCCCUGCAGGCUUUUAUUGUCCGGAUGGUCACACAAUCAAGCCGUGCCCUGAAGGCAAAUACUGCCCCCAGCGUUCCACGGUCCCCAAGACUUGCCCUAGCAUGUUCCGGGCCACAAGCAAAAGCUGCGAGUUUACACAACGUCUGAUUGCCAUCAUCGUCUGCAGCUGUCUAGCUGGCGUGGCCGUCGUGGCCAUGAUCGUCUACCGUCGCUACAAGACGUACUCUCGGCACCGCCAUGACGAGAGCGCUCGUUUGAUCGAGAAGAAUCAGAUCAAAAGGCCCGUGUAUUCUGGGCUGUAGUGCCAAGAGUAUCAUUCGAACGUCGUUCAACUUCUGUGUCUGUUUUUCGUUUUUUCCUUGCCUGUACUGGCCGAACAUCUGCGAUGCUUCCAUUUCGUCCUGAUUCGUUGUCCUCAAAUGCUUCUUGAUAAUCAUCAUCAACAAGGUUUUUGUUUGCAUAAUAGCUUCCAACAAUCAAAAACUGUCUU